AUGAAGGUCUCGCUCCACGACUUGUUGCAAGUCGCGCCCAUCAUGCGCCCGAGAGCCCAGUCUAGGGAGCAGGGCACGAGUGGCCUUUACCGCGAGUGGACUACUACUCAGAGAGCCAUCAUUCAUCUCGCUGCUGAAAUUCUGGAUGUAUCAUUUGAGGAUCUCGUCAAAAUCGCCUUUCUGUUGCGCCCGGUUGAUGCUGGUGUCCAUUCGCGUGGUGGCGCGGAUAUUCGUUCAGCCGACGAUAAUACUUCAUCGACGCAGCAAUUGAUCACUGACGUGUUGCCGGCAACUACUGGCCCAAUGGUCUCGGAUCCGUCUCUCUUCUCAGACGGACUAGCCGAAGGGACACCAUUGACAUCCGGCGCCGCGGGGAAUCCUCUAACUCAGGCUACGGCGCAGCCAGCGAAUCAAGAUCAAUCGACCAGUCCUCUCCCGGAGCUCGAUAUCGAUUCAGAUUUUGGAGAGGAUUUGUCCGAUUUUGAUACCGAAGAUCUCUGGGAUGCGGAGACCGAUUUCGGAUCUGACCUUGUGGACAUGGAGCGAACAGGCACUCCGGGCUAA